AUGUCUGUCGAGGCUUUCCAGAAACAAGUGGCUGUGGACUGUCUUCUCGGAGGUUGUGGAUGGGUCGACCUAACGUUCCGAGCUAACGAGACCGGUAAGUCUCUGUUCAACCCGGAACCACCCAGAACUGGGGAUGAGGCCGCCUUGUUUAGGGCGAACAGGAGCGUGUUGCGGAAUUGGUUGAGUCUUGGUGUGGAGAUUCGCCAUGGCCUCAAGUUGACGGCAGUGAGAGGACAGCCUGGUAAUGUCACGGCUGUUUUUGAAAAUGGCGAGGAGGUGACUGGAUCCAUGAUCGUUGCCGCAGAUGGCGUGCACUCAAGCGUUCGGAACUGCCUCCUACCGGACCUGGAGGCCCAGUUACUUCCCGUCGUCCGCUUCCACGGCAAGAGACGGAUGGACAACACAUGA